UCAUCGUACACCUGGAAACACUUGGCUUGCCGACGCCGGGGAGUGCCUCGUUGACGUGUUGACCUUUGCCACCACUGCUAUUUCUCCCUCCGUGACCGCCAUUUUCCAGCCAAACGUCGUGGGAUGAUAGAGAACGGCGCCAUGUACAAGGGACGAGGACUGGCGGGGGCGGCGCCGGCUCAGACAGGACCAGGAGGAAUGGAGGACAGGAGGGCGCCGAGAUACGGGACGCGGCCUCAAUAUGGUUUUGACAAAAUCAAGGAGCGGGUGAACUCUGAGCUCAGGGGGCCACAGAUUGACCUGCCACCCCUCGACAUUGCUGAGAAGAAGUUCAAUGCUAACAGCCGCCUCUUUGUGGGUAACCUGCCACGGGACAUCCCCUACGAGGAGCUCAAGUCCAUCUUCUCCAAGUACGGUGAACUGGGGCAGGUCUACUUCAACAAGGACGGAGCCUACGCCUUCAUUAACUUUGACUACCGCGCCAAUGCAGAAAAGGCCAAGCGUGAGUUGCAGGGGACGGAGGUCCGUCACCGUCCCCUCAAGAUCCGCUAUGCCUCCAUCACCACCGGCGUGCGUGUCAAGAACCUCACCGGCUGUGUGUCCAAUGAGCUGCUAGAGAAGGCUUUCAACGUCUUCGGCCAGGUCAGUGUGUGUGUUUGUGUUAGAAAGAGUGAGCAACUGGAAUUUUCUUGUUUUGUUUUGUUUUUAUGGAUAUGUAUACAUGGAUGUGCUAUUUACUGAGGCUAACACAUGAAGAUAAACAGACAUUUCCAGAGAGAGGGAGUGAGAGAGAGAGAGAAAGAGAUUGGAAGACUUUUCGUAUCCUCAUGAAGUCAGGAUUUAUUUAUUUAUAUAUAUUUAUUUCAUAUACCAGCUGUCAUGUUAUGAAUGGAAAAGGGGAUAAUUGUGAAACGACUAAUUGGAAAAAAAAAAUUGCAUUGUUUUGACUUUUGAUGUGGCAAGAUAGUUGGUUUUAGUUGUAUGCUAUAAUAAAAAAGUAGAUAUUCUCUUUAUUUUCAAGCUUUCAUUUGCUUUGUUAAAGUAAUGGUGGCACUUUUGAUGUGUUUAGUAAAAACUUUUGUCAUUGAUAUUCAGGAUUUGUAGCAUAUAUUGAUUUAUCAUUGUCAUCCAAUAUAUUUGUAAGUUUCAUAUUGUUACUCAUGAAAAGUUUUGGGAGGUUUCUUAUUUUGAUAUUGUCUGGAGAGGUCUGAGAAUAAUUGUAAAGAAUGUGUUUGUGUUUUAGGUGGGUUGAGUUCUUACAAAACUCAACUCAGCUCAACCCUCUUAGUGUUGAGUUAACUAAAUUAAACCCAACACUAACUCAACUUGAUACUCCCCUCUUGAAAGAGUUCAAGUUGUAGGCAGGAGGAAAUACAGACAAAAAGAGACUGUUGCAGAGUUUACUAAUUGAAGGGAUGAAGAAUGAAGAUGCUGGUUAACUCUUGCAGAAGGGAUUUGGAUAGAAUAGGGAUAAGCAAGAGUAGAAAGAAAUGUGCAGCAGGACUGCGGCAGAGUGGGAGAUGCAGUUAGCAAGUUCAGAGGAGUGGUUAGGAUUGUAAUAUCAAUAGAAAUUAGAAAGUGAUGCAGUAUUGUGGCAGAAUUUAAGAGAUGGAAGACUGUCAGUAAGAGAAGGGGAGUUAAUGAGAUGAAGAGCCUUUGACUCCACUCUGUCUAGCAGAGCUGUGUGAGUGAAGCCCCCACACAUGAGAUGCAUACUCCAUAUGAGGGCAGACAAGGCCCUUGUGUAUGGAUAACAUAUAAGGGGGGGGGAAGAACUGGUGGAGAUGAUACAGAACGCCUAACUUGAGGAAGCUGUUUUAAUAGAGAGGAGAUUAUGAAGUUUCCAGUUAAGAUUUUGAGUUAAGGAUAGACCGACAAUGUUUAUUGUAGAAGAGAGGGACAGCUGUGUGUCGUUGAAGAAUAAGGGAUAGGUGUUUCGAAGAUUAUGUCGAGUUGACAGGUGGAGAAAUUGAAUUUUAAAGGCAUUGAAGGACAUCAAGUUCCUUCUGCUCCCUUCAGAAAUGAUAGAAAGUUCUGAGGUUAAACAAUCUGUAACAUCGAGCCUAGUGUCUUGUAUUUCCUGAAGGGACUAUCUUCUGUUAAAAGAUUCUGAGUAAUGGAGAGUAGAGUCAUCAGUGUAGGAGUGGAUAGGACAUUGUUUUGAAAAGAUCAUCAAUGAACAACAAAUAUAAAGUGAGAGAUAGAACAGUCAUGUGGGAUACCACUGUUGAUAGGUUUAGGGGAAGAACAGCGAUCAUCGGUUAGAAAGGACACUGGAGAUAAAAGCAAGUCACUGGUUGGUUCUGAUAACUAAACCCUUUCCAUCCAUGAUGCAGAUGUCGGCGUCACAGUAUGGAAAGGGUCAAGAGGAAAUGGAAGAGGAUUAAUCCUCUUCUGAAGCUCUCAAUCCUCCUCUAAAUUCCUCUUAAUCCUCUUCCAUUUCCUCUUAAGAGGUUUAGAAGAAGAUUAAGAGAAAUGGAAGAGGAUUAAGAGGUUUAGAAGAGGACUAACCCUUUCCAUACGGUGAUGCCGACGUCGUCGUUGCCGGAGUGAAGGUGUUAAGUAGCCCUUUUUAAAGGAUUUCUUGUUUCACCUGUCCGAAAGGUAAUUUAUUUUCCCAUUACAGUAAGAGCUCACAACAUCAUUGAUAGGUUCUUGGAAACUGACUAUUAGCAAAAUGAUAUAUGAUGGAAUAAAUUUUGCUGUAGGGUACUGAUAUGAAAAAGAGUUAGGUACCUGGAGCAUGUAUCUUGUCACAAGAACAUCACCCGACUAUCAAAUGAAGACACAGAACACUUCUUACAUCAAGUACUGAAACAGAUGUGAGCAAGUUGUGCAAAGCCCUGCAGAGCACGUUAACAAGGGCUGCACAUUGUUGGCAGCAAGGACGAAGCAUCCAUCAUUUUCUAUCCUACUCCAAUUGCCCAAAGACAUCAUACUACUGCCUAUUAUUUAUUAAUGCACGUUUCUAUAAUUUUUGGGCAAUGAAAACAAUUAUACGGGUUGUGAGAACUGGAUCCUAGCCACAAGCAGAUGUAUGGUUGCAGUACACUUCAUCAGUUUUCAUUUUACCGUAAAAUGUAAUAUCUUUUUUUUUCCUUCGUAAUUUUAACAAUACGACAUUGAAGGAAAGUACUUUAUUCAAGGACUUACUGUACUACUAUCAUCUUCCUUCCAGAGUAUCAUGGUGCCAAUGGGGAGGGAUUUGGACUAGACAUGAUUGCUUUUGUUCUAAGAGAUGAAAAUAUAAUUAAUUGGAGCUUUUGUUUUUCUCCAAAUUUUUGAGCUGUGUUAGGACUUUUAUUUUUGCUUUAGUUUGUUUUGUAUUGUUAUUUCUUCUUUAUGCUGCCUCUUAUUUUUUUGGAAAAAAAGGGUGUUUGGCAGAUUUUGUAGGUUAACUGGAUGAAUGGUCAUUGACACAUGAUGGUGCUGCUUGGGGGCAUCCUGGCGUUAAGUCUUGAGCUCCAGCAGUGUUCAUUGUGCCUGGGCUGGGGCUCCAGCGUUGUGUUUACAUUGCUUUUCCUCUUGAUAAGGCAUCUUGUUACACUUGGGGCCUGUUGUGGGUACUGCCAUGCAGAAUACAGCUACCUCCCCAUGAGUGUUGUUUAUUAUGUGUCAUUUGAUGCUGUGGCCCAACAAACAACAGAGUUCUGUUGAAAUUGAACGACUCACUACAUUAGCGUUCCCUGAGAUUUCUGCUGUUUGUUGAGCUGCAUCAUCAGGUGAUGGGUGUCAGACAAUGCUUAUGUGAUGGAGGCAUUACCACCUCUUAUAAUGAUGGACAUGGUACUGGACAUUGGCAGCUGCAUCAGUAAUUAAUAUUAACCAGGAUGUUUUACCAUUGCUGUCCCAUCAGCAGCUAGAAAUACAUCUGACACUAAUUAGUCAGGAGCAGUGACUUUGCUCUUUAUAUGUAUUAUUAUUAUGUAAGCUAAUUUAUUUAUUUAUUUAUUUAUUUAUUCUUUUUGUGCACUUGCACUGUUCACUGUAGAGAAAUGCUGUGUGACAACCUGGAGUGGAUGUGUUGGUAAGACAGAACACAUAAUUCCUUUUUUUUUCUUGAAAGCCAGUCUGACCUUAGGCCUUAGCUUCUAUUCAAGACAUCAUGUCAUGUCAGUGACUACCCUGUGGAAUGCCGAGUUUGAAUGAUGUACGAAUGCUUGAUGCAACUCAUUUCAGUGAGUGGUCUAACUGCCUCAUACCUCAAAAGCUUUCUCCUUACUUUGGGUGCAAUUUUCACCCUGGCUGUAAGGAAGCUGGGUUGUGGGGUGCUUAUUAGUGUUAUUCUAAUAUUAAUGUACAGAAUACUCAUCAGAAUGGUCACAUGACUGUUUUGAAUCAGUACCCUGCCUUGCCGGGAAACAGCCUCAGAUUAUUUUAUUCUCAUCAUUAUUAUUUAUUUUUUAUUUUUAUCACAUUAUUAUUAUUAUUAUUAUUAUUAUUAUUAUCAUUACAAUCUCCUUGUUGUAGUAGUUGCUGCCAUUAAUACAUGAUCUUUGUUACCUUUUUACAGGAUACGACUCCUAAUACAGGGAAGGAUUUGUUUCCCUUCUUGUCCUUUUAUAGAGGUCUGGAACGUAUAUGUUCUAAAAAGUACAGUAGAGAAUUCAAUGGACAACUAUAUUACUUUAAGAAUGUAGCAAUGUGUGGGUGUGGGUAUGUGUGUGCGUGUGUGUGUGUGUUUACCUAGUCGUGAUAUAUGGGAAAGGAACUACAUUCAUACUGUCCCAUCUAUAUCUACUAUUAUUUAACUUGGCCUUAAGUUCAUUAAUUGUCCUUGCAUGAACCACAUCCUUUUCCAGGCCAUUUCAGGCCUCCAAUACUGUUUGUGGAAAGCUGUUGUAAAUAUCAUUUACUACAGGCAUCUUUUUUCAUCUUCCUCCCGUGGCCUCUUGAUACUUGUAUCCCAUGUUAUUAGAUCUCCCUUGUCCACUUCCUCCAUCCCAUUCAGCACCCUAUACCCUGCAAUCAGGUCUCUCUUCCUCCUCUGUUCCAUUGUCAGUAAAUUCAACUGCUUCAGUCUUUUCAUAUGAUAAAUCUAUUAGUCUUGGAACCAACUUUGUUGCUGCCCUCUGAAUCCUCUCUACUUUUCCUAUAUUCAACUUUGUACUUAGCGACCACACUGUUGCUGCAUAUUCCAACCUUGGGCAUAUCACUAUUUGUGUGUGUGUGUGUGUGUGUAUGUGUGUGUGUGUGUGUGUGUGUGUGUGUGUGUGUGUGUGUAUUUACCUAGUUGUAUUUACUUACAGGGCCUGAACUAUACGUGUGUGGUUCUGUCUCCAAAUCAAUAUUAGUCCAGUUUGCCCUUAAAAUGCUGCACAUUCAUUGCCUCUAUCACUACUACUUCUAAUGCAUUCCAAAUAUUUCUAUUUCUAUGGGAAAAACUACUUUUUGUGUCAUUGAAGACUACUCCUUUUCUCAGAUUUUUCUUGUGCCCUCCUAACUCCCUGACUUCUCUCUUCCCCUUUUCAUUAAUAGAUCUGUAUUAUCUGACUCCUCCAAGUUAUUCGUGAGUGUGUGUGUGUGUGUGUGUGUGUGUGUGUGUGUGUGUGUGUGUGUGUGUGUGUGUGUGUGUGUACAGAUGGAGAUAAAGUUGUGGGCAAAAAUCUCCAUUCCCCUUACUUUAAACUCAAUGUUGGUGUGACUCAUCAGCCACUCUCUGCACGGCAAGUCACUCUCCUCCCCUGCCAGCUCGCAUCUCACUCUACUUUUCCUCCCUCCACUCCUACUCGGUGACUUGCUGCACAGAAAAUUGCUACAGAGUCAUAAUGGGCUAGAGUAAGGUGGAUCAACAUUUUUGUCUGCAGCUGUACCAGGGCACGAAGGAGGCACAUAUACCCAGCCUUUACUUGGACCACCUGAGGCUUGACAGCAAUGGGAUAGAAUGUUACUGAGUGCUUUGUGGGCAUUGGUUCACACCUUUAUUUCAGCUGUUUGCUGUCAGUGUGGAUAUGAGCAGCAGACAUGGGCAAAGGGCUGCAGUCAAGCAUGGGGAAUAUUUUGUUAUACCAUUACCUGCUGUUGGUUGGAGUGGAGAUUUCUGCAGUAAUGAAAAAAUGCCAGAUUACAGUUAUUGUAUAUAAACAGUGCAAUAGGUAGAGCCUGGAGUGUUAUUAAUUAUGAAGUCUUUAAACUCAACAUACCAUAAGAUGGAGAAAUCAUAAUAAAGAGAAUGAAGUAGAAGAUAGAUAUUUACAUAAUUAUUAAGGCUGGCUAGCUAAUAUGGUCAUUUAAGAAAAGAUAAUUUAAGAAGAAUAUAAGUACCUAUCUAGUUAGAUUUCAGUGGUAAUAAUAGAGGAAUACAAACUAAAGUGCCUCUAUAACUUAGUGGAUACAACCUAGUCAUGAAUCCAUGGGCCUGGGCUGUUACACAUCAGGUUCAAGGGGAUAGAGAUGAGUGCCGAUGCAUCGUUUAGCUGUAGUGUAUGCCCCUAUAUCUAAUACAAACAGGGGUUUAUGGUAUAUGAUUACAUUAUUGCUGCACCCAUAUGUUAUACACUUUCCACCUGAAUGCUGCGAUAACAUGUGUUAAUAUUUUGACUACCAUUCUCUGUUCAGGGACAAUAGACUAACCUUAGCUAUAUUUGAAACUAUUUUCUAAUAGAAACUCAGGGAUUUAUUAUGAAGCUAUUCUCAUACAAAAUGAAAAUGUUAGCCUCACAAUUUUUACUUGCACUUAACUGUGCACGAUAUUGUUGCAUUUCAUACACACAAGCCAGAAUCAUUGCAGACUAUAUUCUGCAUUCUCACGUGUUCUAAGAUGUAACUUCCUGUAGCUAACUGAAAUUACUUGAAAAUCUCACAUUUAACUUUUGUCCAUAAUUGCUGUGGGACUGUAAAACAUAAGUUGUGAUAAUUAUAGUGUGUGUAUAAAUGAUAUACAGCUUUAUCAUGCACACUUAAGUAUAAAUUGAAUUUAUGUAG